AUGGACAUGCGAGACGCCGACACAGCUCGCCUCUUGUGGGAGUCGGGAGAGUGGGGCAAGGACAUGUACCACCACGAGCUGAAGGCGACCGUCCCCCGACGAAUCCUAGAAUGCUCCGCCGUUUCAAGGGAGAUUAACUUCACGUCCCAGGAAGAGAUACGACAGUUUCGGCUGGAGCAGAGAGUGUUCUUGGCCGGGGCAUGCAUCGAAGAAUGGUUUUUCGACUUUGGCUUCGUCAUUCCGGGAUCAACCAACUCCUGGCAACAAACGAUCGAGUCGGCUGGAGAGGAUCGAAUGCUAGCUGCAGAAGACCUGAGCGGAAGGAUGACGAUCGAGACAACGUUCCUAGACGGAAGGACGAUGCUGUUCAAGACCCUCGUCAGAAUAUUUUACGAAUAG